CGCGGCGAGCUAGCGGGCAGGCGCGCCGCCCCCUCCCCCGCCCGGCCUCCCCAACUCUGCGACCACGAGCAAAGUUUGCAAAGAGGCGCGGGAGGCGGCGGCCGCAGCUAGGCGGCAGCUGGGAAGGCGCGCGGUCUCGGGGUUGGGGGCGGGGGCGGGGGGGCGCCCAGGAGCUGGGUGGGGGGCGGCGGCCAGCAUGCGGCCCCGCAGCGCCCUGCCCCGCCUGCUGCUGCCGCUGCUGCUCCUUCCCGCCGCCGGGCCUGCCCAGUUCCACGGGGAGAAGGGCAUCUCCAUCCCGGACCACGGCUUCUGCCAGCCCAUCUCCAUCCCGCUGUGCACGGACAUCGCCUACAACCAGACCAUCAUGCCCAACCUUCUGGGCCAUACGAACCAGGAGGACGCAGGCCUGGAGGUGCACCAGUUCUAUCCAUUGGUGAAGGUGCAGUGCUCUCCCGAGCUGCGCUUCUUUCUAUGCUCUAUGUACGCACCCGUGUGCACAGUACUGGAGCAGGCCAUUCCGCCGUGCCGCUCUAUCUGCGAGCGCGCGCGUCAGGGCUGCGAGGCGCUCAUGAACAAGUUCGGUUUCCAGUGGCCCGAGCGUCUGCGCUGCGAGCACUUCCCGCGCCACGGCGCGGAGCAGAUCUGCGUGGGCCAAAACCACUCCGAAGACGGAGCGCCAGCGUUGCUCACCACCGCGCCGCCGCCGGGUCUGCAGCCUGGCGCUGGUGGCACCCCGGGAGGCCCCGGCGGAGGCGGCGUGCCCCCGCGCUACGCCACGCUGGAGCACCCUUUCCACUGCCCGCGUGUGCUCAAGGUGCCGUCUUAUCUCAGCUACAAGUUUCUGGGUGAGCGCGAUUGUGCUGCUCCCUGCGAACCCGCGCGGCCCGACGGCUCCAUGUUCUUCUCGCAAGAGGAGACGCGUUUCGCACGCCUCUGGAUCCUCACUUGGUCGGUGCUGUGUUGUGCCUCCACCUUCUUCACUGUCACCACUUACCUGGUGGACAUGCAGCGCUUCCGCUAUCCAGAGCGUCCUAUCAUUUUUCUGUCGGGCUGCUACACUAUGGUGUCGGUGGCCUAUAUCGCAGGCUUCGUCCUCCAGGAGCGUGUGGUAUGCAACGAGCGCUUCUCUGAAGACGGUUACCGCACGGUGGUGCAGGGCACUAAGAAGGAAGGCUGCACCAUCCUCUUCAUGAUGCUUUAUUUCUUCAGUAUGGCCAGCUCCAUCUGGUGGGUCAUCCUGUCGCUUACCUGGUUCCUGGCAGCGGGCAUGAAGUGGGGCCACGAGGCCAUAGAAGCCAACUCGCAGUACUUCCACCUGGCGGCCUGGGCCGUGCCGGCCGUCAAGACCAUCACCAUCUUGGCUAUGGGCCAGAUCGACGGCGACCUGCUGAGCGGCGUGUGCUUCGUGGGCCUCAAUAGCUUGGACCCGCUGCGGGGCUUCGUGCUGGCACCGCUCUUCGUGUACCUGUUCAUUGGCACAUCCUUCCUCCUGGCCGGCUUCGUGUCGCUCUUCCGCAUCCGCACCAUCAUGAAGCACGAUGGCACCAAGACGGAGAAGCUGGAGCGGCUCAUGGUGCGCAUCGGCGUCUUCUCUGUGCUCUACACGGUGCCAGCCACCAUCGUCAUAGCCUGCUACUUCUACGAGCAGGCCUUCCGCGAGCACUGGGAGCGCUCGUGGGUGAGCCAGCACUGCAAGAGCUUGGCCAUCCCGUGCCCGGCGCACUACACGCCGCGCAUGUCGCCCGACUUCACGGUCUACAUGAUUAAAUACCUCAUGACGCUCAUCGUGGGCAUCACGUCGGGCUUCUGGAUCUGGUCCGGCAAGACUCUGCAUUCGUGGAGGAAGUUCUACACGCGUCUCACCAACAGCCGACAUGGCGAAACCACCGUGUGAGCGAGGGCGCGUGGCUACCCCGCACCUCCGGGAUGGGAUGGCACUGUGCUUUCCUUCUGCGGCGAGGCGGGGGGAGGGCUCCCUACGGACUCCUAUUUUAUUUUUUUAAAUAAAGAACAAUCGAAACCAUUUCUUUUCUAGGUCGCUUUUUAAAGAGAACUCUGCCCAACACCCCCACCAGGUUUGUAAUUAAAACUGUAAAUAGUCUUUGUAAAUUAAUUAUAUAUUUUCUAUUUAAAAGAAAAAAUGAGAAGAAAAAAAAAAAAGAAUGGAGCCGGCGCCAAGGCUGAAGAUUGGGGUGGGAACCUGGGGGAGGUCUCUCCUUUCUUAAGUGCCCUUUUAAAACCGCCCGGUAUGUACUCUGGUUCAAAAUUUUUGGUGAUUUGGCAGGGCUGGGCCUGCUGGGAGAGGCACCUAGCCUGAGCGCUGUUUUUGUUGGCUGUGAGGAGUUGGGAGUUCGUUCCAUUCAACUUCUAUAAAAGCCAAAUUUGCGAGCCUCCUCGCUGACGCUGGGCCUGUGGAAGCUGUUGGAUUAUUUUUGAAAAGAUUUGGAUUCGUCUUUAUUUCGUUUUAUUUUUCCUUCUUUCCCUCUUCAUUUGUCCUGACUCCUUCACUAGAUAUUUGGAAACU